GGCGCUUUUUGGCGUCAUCGUCGAGGUGAUUCCUCAGUUUCGCGGUUCACCGGGCAACUUCCGAAAGCAAAGCCCUCUGCUACACUUAUCGACCAGCGCACUCUUUCUCCCGUUUGGAAGCGUCGACCAGCAGCAGUGGUGGACCGCGAUCCGUGGUGCGACCGCGUGAGCCGCUGGUGGAUUCAUUUGCUGGCUGCUUCAGCGCUCUAGAACAAACGUAGGGACACCUGAUAUCCCCUUUUCGCUCUCACGCACUAUCCAGUGCAGCACAAGCAGACAAAGCCAAGAAGGAAAGGAGGGCGAGCUGACUCGUCAGAGGCAGCACAAUGUCGUCGAUCUCUUCUCCAGCGGCAGCAGCACUCAAGGUCGAGGACACUCCGGCAACGGCCUGGGGCGGCGUUGACACGGUCGAGUCCGGCGCCGAUUCUGUUUCGGCACAGAUCGCGGAAAGAAACACACAGCGGGAACAGGCGCAGGAUGACGCCCCCGCCAAAGUCGCCGGCGCAGUGGCCAAGAACGACAAGGAGCACAAGAGAGAAGCAGGCAAGCAGCAUCAACAGCUGCAUGAGCAGAAUGGAAAGGUGACAGACGACGGGGAAUCAGCCGAGCGUGAGGAGCAAGAGGAAAGAAGUCGGGAAGCCGAUCAGGAGGAAAACGGAGAAGACGAACCCGGAACGCCAGCGAAGCGAAGUGGCAGCAGCAAGCGCACACGCGGAGGCAAGCGCGGUCGGUCAUCAGGCAGCAAGAAACGCAUAGGCGGCGGUGCAUCGACGGAUGCCAGCGCUGAGCCUGUUCAGGCAGAUGCCGAUCAAGAACCUUCUGCAGAGGAGGUCGAAGGCGAGCGCGAGGGCGGUGACGCAGAAGACGGAGAAGUAGAAGUCGAAGCGGAGGCCGAUGAGGAGGACGGGAACGCACAAUCUGCUCGCUCUAGAGGCCGCCAGCGCAAACGAUCCUCCUCGUCCACAUUCAAAGAGCUUUCCCAGCUGGGGCUCGGGUCCAUUGGCGACGGUGAGGUUAUCAGCGGUCCCAGGAGGCGCAACGCCGCGACGGGAUCGAGCACAAGUGGCAGCGGUAGCGCCAGCGGCGGGAAGACGCAGGAAGGCGGAAAAAGGGGUGGUAGCUCAGAUGGCCAGGAGGGAGAGGAUGACGGCACGGAAGAAUCACAGGGAGGCACUUCGGCUAAACAUCGUCCCCACGACGCUGUCAAAGAGGAAGGCCGGCCCGCUGCUGAACCGUCAGCGAUGGAUUUGGAUGGUAACGACCCUAACGAUGCUGCUGCUGCGGCCGCAGAGGAUGAAGGAUUAACGAGAUGCAUUUGUGGAAGCGAAGAGGAGACCCUCGGCCUGAUGAUUCAAUGCGACGUCUGUCAAGCGUGGCAGCAUUGCAUCUGCAUGGGGCUGCAGACCGAAGAAGACUGUCCGGACGUCUACUACUGUGAGCAAUGUCGACCGGAGCUGCACAUCCCGCUCCUGCGUGCGCUGGCUUUCCUGCCCGACCAGCAGGCGACUGCAUCGGCGCGCAAGAAGGGCAGCGCAUCGCAGCCGACGCAGCGCGAGCUGGAACGGGCGCGCGGGGCUGUUGCGCAGAUGGCCGCGGACAACGCGACCCGACUCAAGAACCUCAGCGGCGGCGAGUGGGAAAAGAGGGAGGUUGCGCACAACUUUGCAGCCGCCAGGAAGAGCGGCAAGGCACCACGCUCUGUACUGGACGCGCUGCCGGAAGGCGGACUCGAGGCGCUGUACGCCGCUGGCAACGCACGCGACCAGCUCCAGCAUCAGCAACAGCAGGAGCAGCAACAUCACCAAGACCAGCAUAGCGGGGCGGAUCCCCUCACCCCCGGAGGCGGUGGCGACCACCUCAGGCGCAGCUCGUCGCGUAUGCAAGAGGACGAUCUCAGUGGCGGCAAAGGAAGUGCAUCGCACUAUGGCGCAGGUCCGGUUUCGGGGGGCGGGAGCGGUGGUGGUGGUGGCGUGCUGGGCUCUGCGCCGCCUAAACGGCGAAGCACGAUGAAUUCGCGGGACAGUGCGUAUGGUUGGGAGCCGAUCCCGCCCGGUCUGCUCAACGAAGACGAGCUGUGGGACGGCCAUAUUGGGCAGGAGAUGCAGGAACAGCAGCAGCAGCAGGCGCAGCGCCGUGGUGGCGCAAAGGAUCGGAAGCGGAAGCGACUCGGCGCGGAAGAUGAUGAAGAAGAGCGAUCUCCACCGCCGGAAGAAGUUGAAAGCGGAGCGGACGGCUCGAAACGGCGGCGCACUGGCGCGGAUGACGGUGACGUUCGGAUGAGCGGCGGACGCGGACGGGGUAAAGGCAAAAGCGAGCGGUCUCGUCAGCCAAACCAAUACUCUAACGCACGUAGCGGCAAGGGCGGCGACCGCGCAGGUGCACUCGGCGGCGGCAACGCGCUCGGCCUCAACAGCGCAGCAGGCGGAGGUGGAGGCAGCAGCACCAGCAGUCCCUCGCCGACCAAGCGUGGCGGUCGCGGAGGCGGCGCAGCGGCGGCGGUGGCGGCUUCCAGUGCUGCUGGCACACCCUCUCCGCAAACCCCUGCGUCGCUGUGGGGCCUGCCCGAGCACCUGUCCCACCUCGCGCCGUUCUUACCCUCAGGCGACCCGCGCGAGCUGCACGUCCAGCUCCCCUCGACCAAGGGUGUGACUUCUAAGAAUCAGGUGAACGACACGUAUCGACAUCAGCAGAGCGCUGGCGCAGCGUGCGGAGCGAGCCCGCUGCCGUUUCAGCUGCUGGAGCUGACGGAGAGCUGCACGAAGAUCCGCUUCCCGGGGCGUCGGAUGACGAUGGGCGAGAUGAGGAAGCGCAUCAGGACGAUCGGCGAGUACGUCACCAGUGCGCAGCUCGAGGCGGUCGAGCGCGAUCGUCGGCGCAAGAGACUCGGCUUGCCGCCACCACCGCCAGCUUCGGAAUCGGGAGCGGCGUCGGCGGCGGGAUCAUCCUCGAACGCCUUUUCCACCGGCACGACGACGCCGGCUCAGCAAGGUCUGCAGCAGAAGGAUCGGGACGGCGCUACUACUGGAGAGUUACGCGUUGCACAGGAUACGGAAAUGAACAAUGCUUCGAAUGAGGAGGCCGGUAAGGCAGACGAUGGCGCCCACGCGAAUGGGGAAGCAGCUGCAGCAACGAAUGAAGCCGAAGCCGCUAAAGGAAAAGAAGGGGCAAAGGUCAUGGAGAUCACUCAGCAAGUCGUAGCAACAGCAGCAAUGAUAGCGGGACCAACAGGGACCACAGGGAGUGCCGAGCAGGCCACGCGGACUCCGACGGCGAGUGUGACACCUUCGAUGGCGCCGAUGUCGAUGCCGGCGUCGAUGCAGAUGCUGGACGACCUGAUGCGGGAGAUCAUUAGCUUCCAACAGCGCUUUGGCUCACUGCCAGGCUCCUUGGUCAGUGCGCUGCAUGCACAAGCGCUCGCUGCGGCUCGGGGCAUGACGCCUGGCACUGCUGAGGCGUAAUACAGAUGCAGAGCUACAUAUGAUAUGCAUACAGGCCCACCUGAGCUCCAAGAUAAAGUUAUCAAACAUCUGCCGAAGAGAUUGCCAACCGCUUGUGUGAGAAUUGUCACGCUGGGCACAUGAAUUGUAUUAGUAUGAAGUUCGUUGCCACAUAUCAGUCAACAU